AUGAAGGAGCAAUGUACCCGAGCCUUCUACGAUGUACCCUUCUUCACCGAGCACGACGGCUCCCCCAUCAUCGAGGAUACCAGAAAGAGCCCCCCUCUCAGCAUCAAAUCUUCUCCUUCUUCCUCAGACAAGUCCUUCGCCACGCCCAGCGAAGAUAAUGCACAACCCAAGUACCUCAGCUUGACUCACGAUCAUCACCAUGCCUCGCAAGCACAGGCACCAGAGACACCCAAUGACCACAACUACGGAGAGCCGAUGCCGGGAGACUGGCCGGAUCUCGCUUCGGAGACCAACUCACCAUCCGCUGGAGCUGAGUAUCCUUCUACAUCAGAGGCAGUAGGAACAUAUGCCGCGCCCGCUACGGACAGCAACCUCGCGGGUUCUCACAGAAAGUCCAAGACGGAGUUCAACUCUAUCCCUCCAAAGUUAAUUCAUAUGGACGCGGUGCUUGCCAGUGGACCUGAUACCGGAACUCAGGCUCACAGGAAGUCGUCGACCGAGUUCAAGGAGGUCGUUGCAACGGGAGGCAGGUGA